UAAUUUUCCCACAUUGAAAAAGCCAAUCAUUGCGGCGAAGAUUCAGAUUGCACAGACGUACCAAAGCUAGAGAGAGAAACAGGGAGAGAUAGAAAGAACAGAGAGUUGGGUCACGAUUGCAACUCAUACCACACGAGUCGGUUUAGGGUUCCUCGAAGCAUCUCAUUCUCUCAACCCAACCCAAGCUAUGUAAAUAACAAGAACAAAUUUCACACAAUUCUCCGUUUCUUUGUUUCAAUCGAUUUCAUUUCCAAAACUCACCCUAAUUGAUGGACUCUUCUGUUCGAUCCUCAAUCGUUGCUGCUAUUGAACUUUUCCGGCACUUGUUCUGUUGAUUUUGUUGACAGAUUUACAAAAACCCUUUUGUGUUUUUCUCUCUCUAAAAACGCAGAAGAAAAGAUGAGUGUGGCCAAGUCUCAGGUGUGGCAACCUUGCAAGAAGAAGAGAUCUUGAUUUUGUAGAAAGAAAUCGAAAGCGAUAUAUAUAUAUAGAAACAAUGGAUGGUAUCUGUAUCCAAGUCUCAGCUGAGGCAGACUCGUAGAGGCAAGUUCUUGAGGUCAGAGAGUGAGAUUUUGCAGAAAGAAAGAAACAGAAAACCUAUCGUUACACACACACACACAUAUAUAUAUAUAUACAUAUAGAGAUAGAGAGAGAAGUGAUGGCUUCUCGUUCAAGCGGUCCUGGUCGAACGCGUGUGGGGAGGUAUGAGUUAGGACGGACAUUAGGUGAAGGAACGUUUGCGAAGGUGAAGUUUGCUCGGAAUGUAGACACUGGUGAGAACGUCGCCAUAAAGAUUCUUGAUAAAGAGAAAGUUCUGAAGAAUAAGAUGAUCGGACAGAUUAAACGUGAGAUUUCCACCAUGAAACUAAUUAGACACCCAAAUGUCAUCCGUUUGCACGAGGUGAUGGCCAGCAAGACAAAAAUAUACAUCGUCUUGGAAUUUGUGACUGGCGGUGAACUCUUUGAUAAAAUUGCUAGUAAGGGGAGGUUAAAGGAAGACGAAGCAAGGAAGUAUUUUCAGCAGCUCAUUAAUGCAGUGGAUUACUGUCACAGCAGAGGAGUUUUCCAUAGAGACCUGAAGCCAGAAAAUCUACUGCUUGAUGCAAAUGGAGUUCUUAAAGUUUCAGAUUUUGGAUUGAGUGCUCUACCUCAGCAAUUCCGAGAGGACGGAUUACUACACACAACAUGUGGAACUCCAAAUUAUGUAGCUCCUGAGGUGAUCAACAAUAAAGGCUACGAUGGGGCUAGGGCAGACCUGUGGUCAUGCGGUGUAAUCCUUUUUGUCCUUAUGGCAGGCUAUUUACCUUUUGAAGAAUCGAACCUCAUGGCAUUAUACAAAAAGAUAUUCAAGGCAGACUUCACAUGUCCUCCAUGGUUCUCCACCAGCGCAAAGAAACUAAUCAAAAGAAUCCUGGAUCCUAAUCCCUUGACGCGCAUUACGAUCGCUGAGAUCCUUGAGAAUGAGUGGUUUAAGAAGGGAUACAGGCCACCUAGUUUCGAACAAGAAGAUGUUAGUCUCGAUGACGUGGAUGCUAUUUUUAAUGAAGCUGGGAACUCUCAAAACCUUGUUGUGGAGAGGCAGGAAGAGCGGUCUGCUACUCCUGUCACUAUGAAUGCUUUUGAACUUAUCUCUACAUCUCAGGGUCUCAACCUCGGUUCUCUUUUUGAAAAGCAAAUGGGGCUUGUUAAACGGGAAACAAGAUUCACAUCUAAACGUCCAGCCAAAGAGAUUAUCACAAAAAUUGAGGAAGCUGCUACACCAUUGGGUUUUGAUGUAAAGAAAAAUAACUACAAGCUGAAGCUUCAAGGGGAGAAAACUGGGCGUAAAGGUCAUCUAUCCAUUGCAACAGAGAUUUUCGAGGUGGCUCCAUCGCUUCACAUGGUUGAGGUUCGCAAGUCUGGAGGAGAUACCUUAGAAUUUCACAAGUUUUACAAGAACCUAUCGGCUGGCUUGAAAGACAUAGUCUGGAGUUCAGGAGAUCAAGCAAAAGAAGGAGCAAAUGAAGGUUCUGGUAUUGUGCAGUCUUGAUUAUUGGCUCCUUUCGAGGUUUAGAACAGUGGCGUUCCAUUUCGAUGAUAGAAGGCUUGCUGCAGUUCUAUCUUAAUUGUUUGUAUUGAUCACAUAUAUUACCUCUGGGUUGCUCUAAUAUAUGUUCCAAUCAUUUCCAGUCUUGACCUUGUGAAACAUGAUGCUCAUUUAUAAGACACCUAUGAUUUGGGGUUGGAUCAAACAACAGUUUUGUACCAUUUAAUUCUAGAUAUGGAUGUGUUUCAUAGGGGAAUUGGUUUUCGGAUUU